UCGCUCUACCUGCGCAAGAGUCACAUUCCGUCACCCACCUUCACGAUUGGCCGCCGAGGCUGUGAAGGCUUCGAAACAGUUUUAAAUUAAUUUUAGAAAGUUGGCAGUGUUAAUAAGUGUAUACGUAGUUUAGUGACAAAAUGAUAACGGCCUAAGGCAAUAUAAUGUCUCGAAUACUUUGUCUCUUGGCAAUUCUUGGCAUAGCAUCAGCCCAACUCACGUUGGACGGCAUCAGAUGCGGUCAGCUGACUUGUCAACUUGAUGAGUACUGCUCGCCCGAGACCAACCGAUGCGCGCCAUGCAGCGUCGCUUGCAACAAAUCUCAUCACAAUUACGACUCUGGCCUUUGCAUCAAGGAGUGUCAAGGAUAUCUGUUGGACUUGAGAUACAUGCGCAAGUCGGAAAGCAUCGCUCCGCCAUCGGAUAUUAACAGUGUCCAGCGUCAAGCGCAGACAGCGUUGAUUGUGAGCAGCGUGGCUCUCGCUGUACUUCUUUUAGUCGUUAUAAUACUUUGUAGAGGAAGACUGUCCUGGAGAUAUAUCAAGCAAAAGUUACAACCGAGUAAGAAUCGCGUUAAACAAUACCCGACGGACUUAACACAUCACAAUCCACACGCUGAGCUCCCGAAACCUAAGCCCGAAUUGAAAUUGGAAAUACGAAAUUCCGAACCACCGAAGCGACAAAACCAACAGCCACUCAACGCCAGGGAUUUAGAUACUAGAACACAAACUGAAGGUAGCCAGGGCGCUACAACACCGAAGACCAUAAGCACUGCUCUUAGUAAUAGACAUCCGGCUGAAGAUACGACUUUAGAUUUUUCAUACGACAAUAUGGGUAUGAAUGUGACUCCACCCGAACAACCGGCAGCUAGUCAUAAAUUCUGAGAAUCGCGUAUGACACUCGGCAGUAAAUCCGUGACGUUUACUAACGUUACCUAGAACAAUCAAUAGUCGUAAUCAAAUCGUUCAUCAAGAACGUUUGUGUUGUG